AUGGAAAACGGUCCCGGCUCCUACCGGAGUCCCCGGGCUCCCCCUACCGGCCCCGCGGGGGCCGGAGCCCUUCAGCGGGGCGGGGCGAGGCGAGGCGAGGCGAGGCGAGGCGGGGGAUGGCCCGGCGGGGGAUGGCCCGGCGGGGGAUGGCCCGGCCCGGCCCGGCCCGGCCGUUCGCCGCUCCCCGCGCCCGCCCGCCGCCGGUCCGGGGCGCCCCGAAGCGGGGCAGGUGCGGGGCGCCGCCGCGGCCGCCAUGUUGGGUCUGUCAGGGGAGGGGGCGGCGGGCCCGAGGGGAGCCGUGGGCAGAGCCGCCGGAGGCGUGUUGCGGGGAAGGGACGUGGGUUCCUCCCGCCAUCCCUGCCCGGGGAAGCUGCGGGGGGAGGGCUGCCGAAUCCCGCCGGAGCCGCUGCCUCACGCCGGUGCCCGGUGCCGCACGCAGUUGUGUGCCCCAGCGAGGGCGGCCGGCGCUGUCGCGGUUGGGAUCCGCGUAAAAGCGCAGGGCGGCCAUCGUGUCCCAACACGGUGUCGUGGGCCGUGCACGGCAGGCUUCGAGGCUUGGCAGGUACCGACGGAGCCCCACGAGGCGGAGGUAGUUAUGAGAUAAGACAGGAUUUUUCUACUUUCACUUACAGGGCUGAGGGCCAUAUGAGAAGAUGUAUUUGCAGUUACCUGUAUGGCUCUGCAAGUGUGGUCGUCACGUCUGCAUGGUGCAGCCAGCUAACAUCACGCCUCAAAGUUGACUUGGAAACUAGGUCCAUGGCAUUCUGGCUGAAGCUCAGAACAAAAGUCAAGAAAGUCCAUCAUCAUCCAUGGACUUUCUGUUGCUCUGUUUAUUGAAGAGAGAGGAAGCAGGAGGAGAAGAAUUACAAUGUGUUGUUCAAAGGAAUUACUGCAUGGCUGAGUGUCAGCCUCUGAAAUUCUCAAAAAGCUCAUGAAAAGAACUGCUGUGUUUCCUUUGGAAAAACUGGAUGGCAGCGUAAAGA